GGACGAGCUGCUGUCACUCACCGCCGCUCCGAGAGGCGGGACGAGCUGCUGUUACUCACAGCCGCCGGGGGGGAGGCGAGGCGAGAGCCCGCUCUGCGUCACGUGGUCAUCUACCGUCACUCAUCGCAGUUGUCACUCAUUGCCGCACACCUGGGCCGCCACUGUCACUCAGCGCCGGACAGGGGGUGGGGCCGGGGGUUCCCGCGCGCUGAUUGGUUGGCGGCUCAGACACGUCACGGGAAGGCACGAGGUUUGCGAGUGUGGUUGCAGAGCUUCGCGGAGCGGCUUCCGUCACCCAGAACCAUGGCUGCUCCCGGCUCUGGCGAGAACAUUUCCCCUCCCAUCAAAAGCAGCCAGACCAUUCUGGUGAGACACCUCCCGUCCGAGUUGACCAGCAGUGAGAAGGUGGAUCUGCUGAAGUAUUUUGGAGCAGAAUCGGUUCGAGUCUUGCCGGACAAAGGCCGUCUGAAACAUACAGCUUAUGCAACGUUCUCAUCUGCCCACGCAGCAGCCAAGGCCCUGUCCAGGCUGCACCAGCUGAACUGCCUGGGCCACUCUCUGGUGGUAGAGUUUGCCAAGGGACAAGAGCACACUGAGGCUCCGGAGCAGGAGACGUUCUCUGACAGAGGCAAACCGAUAGAUAAAACUUCAGGCGACAAAAAUGAAACAGAGGUUCCGAAGCCAAAGGCAGCAGUUAUAGAAUGUGGGAUUGCCCCAAGCCUAGGACUGACCUACCCUCUGAACCCAUGUCUGAAGUACCUGUACCCACCACCAACCAGCGUCAUCCUUGCCAACAUCGCCAAUGCCAUGGCAAGCGUGCCCAAGUUCUACGUUCAGGUUCUGCACCUAAUGAACAAGAUGAAUUUACCGUCUCCGUUUGGUCCCAUCACUGCUCGUCCUCCAAUGUAUGAGGAAUACUUCCCCACGCCUCCACCCAUGCCUCCCCUACCUCCGGACGAACCCCCAAUUUCCGAGGAGGAGAUGGACGUUUCCAGUGAGGAGGAGUCAGAGUAUGAGAGUGGGAGUGAAGAAGACAAGGAAAGGAUGGUCCGACUGAUGGGGUUAGCAACAAAGCCUCCCAAGCAGCCACAGAAGAGGAAACGGGCAUCACUGCGGAAACGGCCCAGGCUAAAGGAUCUGAUCAACGUGACGAAAGUGACUUCCCAGAGCUCUCAUCCUGCUGUUCCGCCUUCAGAAGUGUUUGACCAGCUGCAGCCUCCAGGCCAAAGGAAGAUCGAGUUCCACCUCCCGACCGACAUGGGCAGUUUGCUGGAAGGUGGAGGGGAGCGGCAAGCAGAGCCUCAGGAGAAUUCCAAGCCUCAAAGUUCAGGAUUUGGGAAGAUCCAACCAGCUCCAGUCAGUGUGAAGAGCAAGAACGAAGAGGAGGAGGAGGAGGAAGAGAUUCCAUCAGAGUUCAUCUCCAGGAAGCAGCUGUCCAAGGGCAGAAUCACCAGGGAUGAGAUGGAGAACACAACGAUCUUUAAGAAUUAUAAUCCCGGUGAGCCAACGUGCCGGCUGUAUGUUAAAAAUCUGGCCAAGCAAGUGGAAGAGAAGGACUUGAAGUUCAUCUUUGGCCGAUACGUCGACUUUACAUCCCAGACUGAGAGGAACAUGUUUGACAUCCGCCUGAUGAAGGAAGGACGAAUGAAGGGCCAGGCUUUCAUCGGGCUUCCCAGUGAGCAAGCAGCAGCCAAGGCUUUAAAGGAAGUCAAUGGCUUUGUCCUCAGCGAGAAACCUAUGGUGGUUCAAUUUGCCCGCUCAGCACGUCCCAAGCCGGAUGCGGCAGAGAACCGGAAAGGGCGGGGGAAGUGAAGGAAGGAACCUGCGGACAGUGGGUGUGUUACUGUGCAGUCGGCAGUAUUAACCCUACACUUGGGCUGGCUGGUGUCUCACUCAUGCUGUGCCUCGGACACAGUUCUCUCUGUUCAGUCCACCAACCGAAGAGGAACGUUAACCCAUGUAUCCUUUAUGGAGGAUCCGAAAAGUAGAGAUGAGCCGCGGUGUUGCAAGGACCCUCACCAACCCUGGGCAGGGGGUUGGCAGUGGUCUGGAACCUGGUCAUUGUGAACUCUCACAGUGGUUGAGUGAAUCUGCUGCAGUGAAGUGGUUGCCACAGAGGUGAACAAGCACUUGUCACAGAUGAGCAUCCAUACCAACGCCCUGUCCUCUCUCCCUGCAGACUGUGGCAGCACAAACAGCACCAGAUGCUCAAAACCAAGAAGGACUCACUGGACCAAAGAGCCUCUGUGCUAAUGGCAUACAUUUGGAGGCCUGCUGCUGCCUCCCGUGACCAGUUAGCAAUACGAGGGAGCGGGGAACGUCACGCAGAGAGUGUCUGGACCUGAGGCUGCUGAUCAAGUACUCUGUGACGUUAUAUGGCACCAUGGGCUUCCCUUUGUCUUUGACACAGCUCAGGAGGAAGCACAGAAACAGGCCCUUUGGCCCAUCAAAUCUGCCGACUAUCAUCCAUUCAUUGACACCAAUGUUAUAUCCAUUUAAUUCCCCCUGCAUUGCCAUCAACUCCCUCCCCAGAUUCCACCCCUCACCCACACACAAGGGACAAUUUACAGUGGCCAGUCCUGCAUGUAUUUGGGAUGUGGGAGAGAACUGGUGUACCUGGAGGAAACCCAUGCAGUCUCCACACAGACAGCACUGGAAGCUGGGUGUCUGGGGCUGUGAGGUAGCAGCUCUACCCACUGAGCUUGCUGCAGCGUAUUUGUGUGAGACCCUGAUGUCCUGUACCCUCUGUGAAUGCAUUGCCACUGUUGUCAAUUGUGGAAAACCCUGUUGAAUGGAUGAGUUUGAUUAAAAUAAAAGUAACUUUCUUUCAACGUG